AUGGAAGAUGAAUUAUUAAGAAAGAUCAGGGAUGAGGUGGAGACAAAACCAAAACCUGGAUUUGAUUUUGCAAAUUCAGUACUUAAACUUCAAUGCAGAUUAUGUGUUCCCAAGCUGACGACUAAAAAGAUUAAAACUAUUCGAGAAAGAUUGAAAACCACACAAAGUAGACAGAAGAGUUACGCAGAUCACCGACGAAGGGAUUUGGAAUUUGAGAUAAGUAGCCAUGUUUUUGUGAAAGCUACUCCGAUGAAGGGACAUCCAAGAUUCAGUAAAAUGGGUAAGCUAACAUCCCGAUAUGUUGGUCCAUUCCAAAUUCUUGAGAAAGUGAGUUCAGUAGCUUAUCGAGUUGCUCUUCCACUAAGUAUGGGCCAAGUCCAUAACGUAUUUCAUGUAUCUGUGUUGCGAGGUUACCUCCCAGAUCCAUCCCAUGUCAUAGAUUACCACCAAAUCACCUUGGAUGAUAAAUUAACCUAUGAAGAAACACCAAUUCGCAUAUUGGACAGGCAAUUGAAACAACUACAUAAUUGGGUAAUCUCAAUGGUAAAAGUCGAAUGGCAGGAACAUUAUGGGACAGAGGCUACUUGA